UGGUCUUCCUAUGGACGUCAAGAAUUCGUUGCUAUCUGGCCAUUGUCAAGUACACUGAUAGCUGUCAGCAGCUGAACCCCCAUUGAAAACAAAAAAACGCAGAAAAUUAGGCUUUCUGAAAAAACGAGGAUACGGAAUAAGGCGUGGGAAUAACAGUGAGAAGCAAAUAAGUGCGCGAAACAAAAGUAACGCAGAGGGAAGUGCAGACGAUGUUUACAAACUGGUGAAAAGAAAAAAAACACACAAUCGUUAAGAGAAAGAGAAGCGAGUUAAAAAAAGUGGCAACGAACAUAUGUUUCUAAGCACUUUUUUUUUCAUCGCGAGACAUCACAGUUCUCGAGACAUUACUUCGCCGGCCCUUCACCUCAACGUAUCGCAAGACAUCACCUCUGAGACCCUUUGUUCAAAUGUCCAGAUCUUUUUUCGAUAUAACCGGCAUGGCUUCGAGCUCUGUCAGUCAGGAGGACUUUGACAACGACUUUGAAUUCACCUCCAGACGCUCCAGAAUUCGAACCGCCAGGGUUCGCAUCGGGCCGCCUAGAGCAGGCGAUGUCACUUCAAUCAGUUAUCAAAAAAAUGCUGGUGACGCUGAAGAAUCUCAAGGCAUAUGUGAACCAACUUCUACCACUGUUUUGCCCUCUGAUCAUGAAAAUCAGCAGAACAAACCUGUCAUAAGAAAGUUAGAAAAAAGACCUACCGGACGCGUUUCGAGUGUUGUAUCCUGUUUGCACAGGCCUACGCACAUAAAUAAAGGCAAGCAGCAGAGGGACAGGAGGAAAUUGAGAGAAAAACGUCGUAGCACAGGAGUGGUUCAUUUGCCAUCGACCGAGAGUACAGGAGGUAGUACUGGCGAGGAUGAGGAGGAACUAGGUGGAACAGGUCUUGAAACAAAGCACAAUACGCCAAACUAUGAGUUCCUCGAUCAUGAGCUCAUUGAAGAACGGACGGCAAAAGUUUACACUCAGAGACGGAAUAAAAGUCAUUCUGAUCUCGAAGCUGACGAUGAAGAAUUUGAUUCUUUGAAUCAGUCGGACGGCGUCAAUCAAUCUGAUUCUGGUAAUCAUGCGCCUCGAUUGACAUCCGCCAAUACACCGCGACCCAGAGUUCCAACACCUACUGGUGACAACGCACAAGAGCUGAUCGAGCGUACUCAGGAAGAAAACCGAAGACUUCUGGCGCUUUUGGAAGAUCAGGAUCACAAGAUAAUGGCAUUGGAAGCACAGCUGGUUCAACAACAGCAUGAAAUGACGAUUGAGCGUGACAGAUUACGCGAAGAGAAUGCAGCCCUUAUCAGGGCCAUGGCCGCUCUCACAAGUGACUGAACUUGUUGAAAUUUUUUUUCUUUCGAAUGACUUAAACUCGCCUCGACAACUUACAACAGUGAGCCCAUUUGUUAACGCGUUGUUGAUUAAGCAAUUGUAUUUAUACAAUUGAAAACAAGAUUUGAAAAACGCUCCUUAAUAACAUUAGUGUAUAAUUUUUAAGGAAGAAUUCGCUGAGAUUUUCGCUUACCGAUGGUGACGAUUUUUUUUUCGUAUGAAGAAAUGCAUCACAAUUCUCGUAAUCUCCGAAAUCAUAAAAUUUCAUCAACAUCCCGAAUCAUUGGGAGAUAGAUUUCUUAUUUCGGCCUCAGUUUUAAUUUGCCGUAGAAAUUUGCCAACGAGAUGAUACAAUAUUGUAGAAAACAGUUUUUACUGUCAAUCGUGAGUUAAAUUUAUUCCGUAUUUCGGAAUUUUCCCAAUUUAAUGGGACAUUUCAACUGGAUGCAUCAUUUAAAUAUACCCAAUUAGCAUUUAAGAAACAAAGAAUUUGGGCUCGUGCGAUUAGAAAACCUUAGGAUGCCAGAAGAAGAAGAAUCUUAAUUUUUUCUUUUCCUAAAAAAUACGCGAGAGCUCUUUGCCGUUGUAAAAUUGUUGUUUUUCAAUGCUCAUCAAAAAACAUUUAAUUCCAAAAGUAGUUUUGUUAAUUUUCUUAAAAUUUUACAACCCUCCGAUAAUAAAGCAAUUUUCGAGGAUCAUUAAAAACGCACGAAAUCAACACGUGUUAAUUUUUGUUGUAUAUAAAUCGAUUAGUACGAUAAUAUGUACAAAAACAUUGUUAAAAUUUUCAAAAAGUCAAAGCUAUGAUAUUUCGGAUGUAGAAGCAUUUCAUAGACUUUCCUACAUUAGAGCCUCGCGUUGUAACGUGUACAAUUUUCAAGAGGCUGUAGAUUCUUUCGAGUAGUUCCGUUUUUUGCUGUUGAAAAAAUCAUAUAGCGGUCUUUGAAAGAAAAAAAAACAAAGCAUAAAUAACGGAGUUCUUUGCGUAAUGGGGCUUGCACGAACUUGUGAUUAAUUUGAUUACUUUUGUGUCUCAAGUAUUGAAAUAAUUAUUAUUGUAUUUGCGUAAUACAAAAAGAUGGAGAAGAAAAAAGAAAACCAUGCUACUGGUAAAAUGAAGCAGUCUUAACGAGACAUCGAUUGCGACGACUAAUGAUCGCAAAAGGCAGAUUACGUCUAUUUGUGUAUUUCGAAUAGCAAGCACGUGCACAAUCAAUCGUAUUUUUUUUUGAUUUAUUGACUAUAAGUGAGAAAUAAAGAAUUUGAUGAUAAAAA